AUGCUUCGAAGCUCCCUGCGCUGCUCUAUGCUAGGUGCGCACUCAAAGGCGCUACUGGCACCCAGCAAGGAGGCUUUUGUUCGAAAGCUGCCUCAUCUCACGAUCGGCACCGUUGGCCAUGUCGAUCACGGUAAAACUACUCUGACCUCUGCCAUAACCACUACACUGUCAAAGAUUGGUCAGGCCACCGCUAUGGAUUACUUUGCUAUUGAUAAGUCGCCUGAGGAAAAGCAGCGCAAAAUCACAAUCAACGCCACACAUGUCGAGUAUGAAUCGAAGAAGCGCCACUACGGGCAUAUCGACUGUCCAGGGCACAUGGACUUCGUGAAGAACAUGAUCACCGGCGCCACGCAGAUGGAUGGUGGCAUCAUCGUUGUGGCUGCAACCGAUGGUGUCAUGCCGCAGACCCGUGAACAUUUGCUAAUCUGUUCUCAAAUAGGCCUUCCUGCAUUGGUGGGCUUCAUCAACAAGGUCGAUGCCGUCGAUGAGGAGACGUGCGACUUGGUUGAACUUGAGCUUCGUGAGCAGCUCGGGAAGUACAAAUUCCCUGAGGAAGAGACUCCCAUAGUACGCGGUUCCGCUCUUAAAGCGCUUGAGGGCGAUAAAGAGGCCGAGGCAAAGAUUCUCGAGCUUGUUGACAAGUGUGACGAGUGGAUUCCAGAUCCGCCGCGCAAUGUUGAGAAGCCAUUCCUCAUGGCCAUCGAACACGUCUAUGAGAUCGGUAAAGAUAAGAAGUCGGUUAUUGUGACCGGUCGUGUGGAUCAGGGCGUUCUUAAAUCCAGCGCAGAUGCCGAGAUCGCGGGGCUACAGAUGAAAAAAUCUACCGUCAAAGUAACUGGUAUUGAAAUGUACCACAAAACGCUUCCAGAGUGCCUGCCUGGAGACUCCGUUGGUAUCAGCAUCGUCGGUACGGGUGACACCACUAGCUUGUCGAAGGAUAACGUUGAGCGUGGGAUGGUGCUGGCGGCAGUGGGUAGCACCAACCUUUUCAACAAGCUGAAGGCGCAGGUGUAUGUGCUGACGAAGGAUGAGGGCGGUCGACACACUGGCUUCAGUCCCCACUACCGCCCGCAGAUUUUUUUCCACUGUGCGGACAUCACGGCGGACUUGAGCUUUCCUGAGAUCGAAGAGAAACGUGAGGAGCUCAUUAAAAAACACGGUAAGAGUCCUGAAGGUCUCAAGAAGGUCGAGGCGGAUAUGAAAGAGCUAGAGAGCAAGAUGGUGUGCAUGCCCGGCGACAACCGCGAGAUGAUUUUAACGUUGGCCUACCCGAUGCCCGUUGAGAAGGGCUUGAAGUUUACAAUCCGUGAGGGCAAGAUCACCGUCGGUUGGGGUGCGGUGACGGACACUGUGGCCCUGGACAAAAAGGUCAGCAUUGAGGGAAAGCGCCAGGUACAGAAGUCUACAGGGAAGCCUUCAAAGAAGAAGUAA